GGAUGGCCACAGAGGUAUCACGUUUUGUGCAAGUUUUGUGGGGAAUCGAGGCUUAAUUAACUGUAUUUAAUCCCCCCUUUCAAUCUAUAAUCAAGUCCAGAACUUUUCUGUCCCACGGACCCUAAACGCAGCACGCGGCGUGCGCAGUUCCGUGCCUAAUCGCGUCUCGUGGCUUUUCGUGAUCCAGAGAUCAUGCUGUCAUCUGUGGGUGGAGGCAGCCCGCAGUGCACCGUCCCGCUCCGAGGCUGAGUCCGAACAGGCAGCGGCGCCAGCAUGGACCUGCAGGCGGUCAUCGCGCACAUGGAGACGGGGGAGCAGGACGCGGCCCUGGCGGCGCUGCAGGGCUUCAACCGGGAGAUGAGCCAGUGCUUUACAUUUAGGACAGCAGAAGAGAAGGACAGACAGGAAGAAAAGCUUCAAAAGCAUCUGGGCGAACUGGUGGUUGGUUUUCUCAGCAGGAAUUUGCAGCCUUCCUGUCUGCUGGCCUGUUUAGAAACGGUCCGAAUUUUGUCCAGAGACAAACGCUGUCUGGAUCCUUUCAUCACCCGCUCAGCUAUGUCCACUCUUGCCACCUUUGCUGGCAUAGCCACGGUCCAGACUGCUGCUGCUGCUGAUGGCCAGCCAGGAGAGGGCAAAACAGAGGAUAAAGAGGGAGAUGAGGAAGGGGAGGCAGAUGCAUCCAGAGCUGAGGAGAAGGAAGCUCCUCCUCCUGCAGAAAAUCCCGAUCUGGAGGUGAUUGUUGAGGCUCUUAAGUCCAUCUGUAACAUCCUGCUUCACAAUGAGACCGGACAGGCGGUGGCGGCAGAACUGCAGCUCAUUAAAGGCGUGGCAGAAAGACUGAAGCACUGCAACGAUCCCACAUGGAGCUUUGAGGUGCGUUUCUUUGACUUGCGGCUUUGCUUCCUGCUGACGGCGCUCAGGGUGGACGUGAGGGCACAACUGGCUCAGGAGCUUCACGGCAUCAGUCUUUUGGGAAACCAGCUGGAUGCUACAUUGGGUCUCUGUUGGCCUGAUCCUCUGGAGACAGCCAGGGUGGGGUUGGAAGGGGUCCCUCCUGAAGAACUACCUCCUCUGAGCAGACAGCAGACAGAGCUAGCAAUGGAAAUACUGAAAAUCCUCUUCAAUGUCACAUUUGACACAAACAGACGCAAAGUGGAUGAGGAAGAAGCAGCGGAGUACAGACACUUGGGGGCCAUACUGAGACACUGUUUGAUGAGUCGAGCAGAAGGAGAGGAACGUACCGAGGAGUUUCACAGUCACACAGUCAACUUGCUCGGUAAUCUCCCCCUGCCUUGUCUGGAUGUGCUGUUAAUGCCAAAGGUGCAGCAGGGCUCCAUUGAGUACAUGGGGGUCAACAUGGAUGCUGUAAACAUGCUGCUAGACUUCAUGGAGAAAAGGCUUGACCGGGGACACAAGUUGAAGGAGACUCUCCUCCCGUCUCUGAACCUGCUGACUGAGAGCGCCCGCAUCCACCGCGAGACCAGGAAGUUCCUGCGCUCUAAGGUGAGUGCAGCUCUGACUGGCAGGAAAUGCUGCACGCUCGCAUUCCCACACGUCAAAUGGUCUGCGUGCUCACAGGUGCUGCCCCCCCUCCGCGAUGUCAAAAACAGGCCAGAAGUGGGCAACACUCUGAGGAACAAAAUCGUCCGCCUCAUGACACACAUCGACACCGACGUGAAAGACUGUGCUGCAGAGUUCCUCUUCGUCCUCUGCAAGGAGAGCGUUUCAAGGUUCAUCAAGUACACGGGAUACGGGAAUGCUGCGGGCCUGCUGGCUGCCAGAGGACUGCUGCGAGGCGGCCGAGACUCUGGCAUCUACUCUGAAGAUGAAGACUCUGAGACGGAGGAGUACAGAGAGGCCAAGGCCCACAUAAACCCCGUCACAGGAGUCGUGGAGGAGGAUCAGCCCAAUCCCAUGGAGGGAAUGUCGGAGGAACAGAAGGAGUACGAGGCCAUGAAGCUGGUCAGCAUGUUCAACAAACUGUCCAGGGGAAACCUAAUCCAGCCCAUGCAGCUCAGUAUGGACGGGACCAUGAGGGAGAUGACCUCAGAGGAUCUACAGAAUCUCUCCCACAAUCCUUUGCUCCAGCCAGAAGAGCGGCGCGAUGCCGACAGCGAGGAGGAGGAACAAUGAGUCCACGAGCUAGCAGACAUUUACAUUCAAAGAACGGUCUUGAUUUAGAUGGUCCCCCCCAGCCCCCCUCUAUGGUGUCCAGUGGAGCCGUAGUCCUGCUGCUGAUUCCACAGAACUCCUGAUGGGAGCUCCUGUGAGGCCGAGAGUCCUUCAGCUUUAUGGAUCAGUCCAGUCACACACAGACCGCAGCUCUUUAGAAAUCACACAAGCUUUAGUUACUGUCGUGAGUAUUCUCAUUCCAAGUGUUUUUGUCUUCAGCGUAGCUCAGUCUAACUCUAGUUUUUGACUCACCUUCGUCUUUGCUCCUGAGCAUCAGAUGACGGCGUUCCACGGCGAGAUGAGCUGCAGUCGUUAGAUGAUGGCGUUAGGAGUCAGACCGCAGCUGGUUUCCCACCAGAAUAUGUUCAAACACAUUUAUGGCACUUUAAGGAAAAACAGGAAUAUAUGUUGACUUUAGGGAAGAACGAUAGAUAAGUCACUGUCACUGCUGCACAGAGGAGCUUCAACAGACUGAGGACCGGGUUCUUCCAUGUAACUCUGAGGAGGAAACAGGAAAGCCAGUCUUUGAUGCUAAAUUUCGGAUUUAUUUUUCUGAGAAAAUUAUAUUAUCAAGAUUAAGCUAUUUUUAGGAGUAGAAAAUGCACCUCAGAUGGAGACGUAUUCUGAUGCAGGGUUUUGUGUGAAAGCCACAUGUAAGCUUGUUUGUAUUGUUCUUGUGCAGAUGAAUAUAAAGUUCAUGUAAGGUG